AAUACAGUCUAUAGUGGCCAUGGGCUCGACUUCCUUGAAGUUGGAGCGGGCUGGUGCUGGAUAUCUAAUUGGGUCAGCUCGAAACCACAACCGGUUGGGUCUUGCUCCUGCUUCUCGUGGUUUAGACAGUUUAGGUUUACGUUCAUGUUCUAGGCUUCUCUUUAUUGGACCCGGUGCUUCUGCCAAUUUUGGUGGGAAAAAAAUGGCACCUGAACCCAAGAGGAGGAAACUCGAGCCACCACCGCGUCGCAGGCUUUUCACCAGCAGAAAAGAAACCCGUAGAUGCAACAUCAGUUGCAGCACCCCAGACUCAUGGAGUAGAUUACAGGAUCCAACAGGCAAAAAAUUUUGCAGUUGCACAGGCACAACAAGAGGGCUGCACGGCAAAUUUUAGAAUUUUUGAUUCACCAUUUGGGAACUUUCUAGUUCCUGUUAUCCCAACUCGUGCAGAAUUAGCAGAAUUUUUCUCACUGUUUUUUCUUUUCCUGGUUUGUGGACAUUGAAUUCAUAGUGCACAUAAUUUUUUAGGGUUAAAUCUAGCUAAUUAUCCACAAUUGAUUUUGUGAUGGUUUUCUUUCAAGUUAGAUUGUAAUAUCCAUCUAAUCCUAUAGCUGAAAGUCGAGGCAGAAUUGGGAAAAGUAUCCAUUCCCCCCCCUCUUUUUCUUUUUCCAUUUGCAAUGUUUCCUGAUCAAUUAAAGUUCAUACUGUCAGUGAUGUUUCUUCCUCUGUUGAAGGCCCUUUGUUCCUAUAAGAUGAUUCAGUUUUACUUGAAAUGUUUACCGGCAGAAGAUCCAUGUAUAAGAACCAACCUAUUGGACAGCACAACCUUCUGGAAUGGGCUCGGCCACAUCCAGGAAAGGGAAGAAUAUUCUACAGAUUGAUAGAUCCUCGGCUUGAAAGGCCACUUUUCUGUAAAAGGUUUCCAGAAAGAAGCACAACUGGCUGCCCAUUGCCCUAGCCGGGAUCCAAAGCCAGGCCCCUGAUGAGUGAAGCUGUGGAGGCACUGAAGCCUCUGCCAUAUCUUAAGGACAUGGCAAGCUCAUCAUAUUAUUUCUAGACCAUGCAAGCUGAGCGAGCUGCAUCGAGCCAAAUUGCCAAAAAUAGCAGCAGUACGCAAGGAGGAUUGUUGAGCAACGGACAGCAUAGAGGAAUCUUUCAAUACUGAAUGGAUGAAAGGAAAAUAAGGGAGAGAAAAAUAAGUUGGAAAAGUAAUUUGUGUAAUAAAUAUUUUUCUUUUCAAAUUAAAGAGAAGGGGCAGCUGUGAGCUAUUUUUGCCGCUAGUACUCAUGGGAAAGGUGGCGGUGGGUGCAGCGAUGGUAUGCGCGGCUGCUGUAUGUGCUGCGGCGGCGCUGGUAGUCAGGCAAAGGAUUCGCAAGUCAGGGAGAUGGGCCAAGGCCAUGGCCAUAUUGAGGGAGUUCGAGGACAAGUGUGGGACUCUGACAGGAAAGCUACGCCAGGUAGCCGAUGCCAUGACCGUUGAGAUGCGUGCGGGUCUUGCAUCGGAAGGUGGAAGCAAGCUUAAGAUGCUCAUCAGCUACGUUGAUAAUCUUCCCACCGGGGAUGAGAAGGGGUUGUUUUACGCAUUAGACCUUGGGGGCACAAAUUUUCGUGUCCUACGGGUACUAUGGGGUGGGAAAGAAGAUCGUGUUGUCAAACAAGAGUUUGAGGAAGUUUCAAUUCCUCCUCACUUGAUGAUUGGAUCUUCAGAUGCAUUGUUUGGUUAUGUUGCUGAAGCACUUGCUAAAUUUGUUGCUACAGAAGGUGAAGGAUUGCAUCCUUCACCUGGUCAGCAAAGGGAACUGAGCUUUACCUUCUCAUUUCCAGUUCAGCAAACAUCAAUAGCAUCAGGAACUCUUAUAAAAUGGACAAAAGGAUUCUCCAUAGAGGAUACGGUUGGGCAGGAUGUGGUGGGAGAGUUGACAAAAGCCAUGGAAAGAGUUGGCCUUGACAUGCGUGUAGUGGCUUUGGUCAAUGAUACAAUUGGAACAUUAGCUGGAGGUAGAUACUAUAACCAGGAUGUUAUUGCUGCUGUAAUCUUGGGUACUGGAACUAAUGCAGCAUAUGUAGAGCGAGCACAAGCAAUUCCCAUGUGGCAUGGUCUCCUUCCUAAAUCUGGGGAAAUGGUCAUCAACAUGGAGAGGGGUAACUUCCGGUCAUCACACCUUCGACUGACGGAAUAUGACCUAGCCCUCGAUGUUGAGUCUCUGAACCCCGGGGAACAGAUUUUUGAAAAGGUAAUUUCUGGGAUGUAUUUAGGAGAGAUUGUAUGCAGAGUGCUAUUGAAAAUGGCUCAGGAAGCUGCUUUCUUUGGUGGUGAUGUUCCACUGAAACUGGAGAUUCCAUUUAUUUUAAGGACUCCACACAUGUCUGCAAUGCAUCACGAUACAUCUUCAGAUCUUAGAGAGGUUGGGAGCAAAUUAAAGGAUAUCCCAGAGAUAUCAACUACCUCCCUGAAAAUGAGGAAAGCUAUUGUAGAGCUCUGUGACAUUGUUGCCGCUCGUGGUGCCCGGCUAUCUGCUGCUGGAAUUGUAGGCAUCCUCAAAAAAUUGGGAAGAGACACAAUGAAGGAUGGAGAAAUGCAGAAGUCAGAAAUAGCAUUGGACGGAGGGCUGUUUGAGCACUAUACUAAAUUUCGUACCUCCAUGGAGAGCACUCUCAAGGAGUUGCUGGGAGAGGAAGUUUCUGAAUGCAUUGCUAUUGAGCACUCAAAUGAUGGCUCAGGCAUCGGAGCAGCUCUUCUGGCAGCUUCCCACUCCCAGUAUCUGGGGGUUGCAGAAGCUUAAAAAAGUAUAAGCCGAAUGAAAAAGGAUGACAUUUAUCAAUUUUUGUAUAUUAGUCCUUUACCCUUUCCCCUUGUAACACUUGCUCCAGGUCAUCAGGAGCCAAAGAUAUCUCCUAGUUCGGAUUAUGCCUGUAGGUCUUCAAUGUAUGUUCUUAUAUAGUUUGUAACCAGAGUGAUGGAUCAAAUACCCUCACAAAGUGCCCAGCAAUGGUCUUAAUUUAGCAUCCAUGCUGAGGCCUGCCAUUUUGAUCCCUUACCUCCUUUUUCCCCUUUGUGAGUUGGCAAAUAAAGAGGGGGAUGUAAACUAUUGGUUGAGUUGCUACAUUCAGCAAAAUAUUUUUCCGGGUUUCAAAUGGAAAUAAGAAGUAGAUUUCGAGGUCA